AUGGCUGCCAACAACGGGAGCAACCCAGAAAAGACUUCUGUACAAGUCGCUCUUCGAAUAAGACCAAUAAAUUCCAAUGAAAAACAAUCAAGAUUUCAACGUCAAGUGAUUGACAAAUCACCACAUUUUCCAAAUCAAGUAAUCGUGCAAGGAGAGAAGAAACAAACUUUUAAUUACGAUCACGUAUUUGGCCCAGAAACUGAACAAAAAGAAAUUUAUGAGACGGCUGUUGAAAGAUUGAUCGACCAAUUCUUGGAAGGAUAUAAUGUAACUAUUUUAGCCUAUGGACAAACAUCCUCCGGAAAAACCCAUACCAUGGGAACCGCACAUAAUUCUUCAAUUCUGCCCGAACAAAAAGGCUUAAUUCCUCGAGCAAUGUCCUCAUUAUUCUCCACUAUGAAUUCACCACAAUAUAAAUCACGAAAAUUUGCCAUCAAAGUUUCAUUCAUCGAGAUUUAUAAUGAAGAAUUAAUUGAUUUGUUAGCUGACUAUUCAACAGUAAUGGAUGAAGAUUGUAGGCCACAAGUUACAAUUAGAGAAGAUUCUAAAGGGAAUAUACUUUGGAGUGGCUUGCAAGAAAUUAAAGUUAAUGGAGUCAAUGAAGUAAUGAGUCACCUUGCUCGUGGUUCAUUAAAUCGACAAGUUGGUGCCACAGAUAUGAACGCACAGUCUUCACGUUCACACGCUAUUUUUUCUGUCACGAUGUCACAACAAAGGCCUAGUGGCUCAAAUUUUUCAUCACCAAGCACUCCGACAAGUAGUAGACCAUCAACGCCUACGAAAAUGGUGAGAACGUCAUCAAGGGCGGAUUUGAGAAUGAGUAGGAGAAUUGAAGAGGGUGAAAUUAUUUCAGUAACUAGUAAAUUUCAUUUUGUGGACUUAGCUGGUAGCGAAAGGCUAAAACGUACGUCAGCAAUAGGAGAUCGAGUAAAAGAAGGCAUUUCAAUUAACGCUGGUCUUCUCGCUCUCGGAAAUGUGAUCUCUGCACUUGGAGACCCUACAAAAGCAAAACAUACUACACACAUUCCUUAUCGAGAUUCCAAACUAACUCGUCUUCUUCAGGACUCAUUAGGCGGAAAUGCAAAAACUCUUAUGAUAGCAUGUAUAUCACCCUCAGAGUCAAAUAUUAAUGAAACCAUUAACACUCUAAAAUACGCUAAUCGUGCAAGAAAUAUAAAAAACACAGUAACUGUAAAUAGUGAAGAAGUUGGGUGGAACGAUUUAGAGCAUUUGCAUGGGUUGGUCUUAAAAUUAAGAGCUGAAAUUAAAGCAUUAAAAAACAAUAACAAUAAUGCAAUUAAUGCAAUUAAUGCAACUGGAGAUGGAGAAACAAACAACAGCUCAAGUUCCGGAAAUUCAGGUGGAAGCGGGAGAAGUACACCAACCUACAUGUAUGGAGGACCUGGUUAUAGUCCAAAGAGAUCUUCGCUCAGUAUAGUCACAAAUGCUAAUGGAGAUACUUCAUAUGCCACUAAUUCGCCAGUUGCUUUAGCUGCAAAAAGUCAAAAUGAUAAAGAUAUUGAAAUUCUGGAAGAACAAUUGGCGGAAUUACAAAGAUCUUAUUCUGAACUCUCACAAAAAUACGCGAAAACAAAAGCGGAACUUGCAUUUCAUCAAGAAAAUAAUGAAAGUACAGCCCACUCACCAUCAACUUCGUCUAUGCAACCACCUCCUCAAUUAGAAUCCAUCAGCGAGGAAGAGGAACAUGAAAGCGAUAAAAUUACUAAAGAUACGAAAAAUGCAAACUUCUUUUUAUCAGAAGAAUUUCAAAAAGCCGUUGAACCGGUGAUAGAGGAAUACGAGAAAUCCGUAUCAAAUCUCGAAUCCCAAAUCGCCUUAAACCGUGCGGCAAUUUAUCACACAGAAACUUUGAUGCAAGAACAAGAAGCUAAACUUGAACACGCUGAAAAGAUUAAUGAACAAAAUGUGAAGUUGAUUAGCGAUCUUCGUCUUAAGAUUUCUGAAUAUAAUGACAGAGAUGUUGUUUCGGAAGCUUAUAUUAAAAAGCUCGAAGAUAAAUUGGAGGAAUACACUGAGGAGCAAAAACUGGAUCAAGAAAUGAUUAAGGAACUGAAAGCCAAAAUCACACAGAUGAAAGCCAAUGAAGAGAACAGCAAAGGGUACAUUGAUAAUUUAGAGAGUCGAUUGAAAUUAAGUGAUCAAAAGGUGGAAAAAUUCGGAAAAAUAGUACAGAAGUUAGAGGAAAGGUUGGCACAACGUGAGAUGGAAUUCUCAGAGUUAGAGGCCAAAAUGAAAGCAUCAGUUGAAGAGGAACGACGCAUCCUAAAUAGCGAAAUUGAAACCAGGGAUGAUAGAAUUAAAAAUUUGGAAGAGAAAGUUGAAGAGUUGGCUAAUGAAUUGGAAUCACUAAGUAUUAAUGAAAAUCUAAGUGAUAUUUCAACAGUUAAAAAAGAAUAUCCACCAAUAGCCAUUCUCGAAUCAAAACUUUUAGAUUUACAAAAAUCACAUAUGCAAACAGUUGAUGAAUUAUCAGAAAUAAAAACCAAAUAUGAAGAAUGUUUACAUGAAAUUCAUGAAUUACAAACUCAACUUACAGAAGCUCAACUUUGUAAUUCCGAAUUAUUCGAUGAUUAUAGAUCUUCUACAUCUUCCACGCCCAUGACCCCCUUAUCACCAGAAAAUUCUCAAUUCAAACAAAGGCAUAGUUUAAAUCAAAAGCCUCCUACUCCAGCGAGUAGAAUGUCACUGCCUGUGAUGUGUAAAUCUAAUAAAAAUGUUGACCAAAAUGCAAAUAAUUUAAAUUCAUCAAAUAAAAAAAUCCUUCAUCGUCGUGCAAAAUCUUUAACACCCGAGAUUCGUGAUAAAGAAAAACGGGAUAUGACACACAUGGCGAUUAUUCAAAUGUUACAAAAAGAAUUAAGCCAACUAGAAUCAUUGCAUGAAGAUAAAUCGAAAGGAUUAGAAGAGAUCAAAAAAGAAUUUGCGAGAUUAGAAUGUAAUCAUCGUGAAACAUUGGAAAUUGUUGAAGAAUUAAAAGAUGAGAUUAAAAGAUGCGACUCUCUUCAACAAGUAAACACGAAAUCAUUAAAUACCAAUAACCACACUAAUGUCUCUAUGACAGAAGAUGAACUUGAAGAAGAUGAAUUACUUGUGAUUAAAAUGAUAGAAGAAAAACAUGAAUCAUCUGAAGAAGAUAAUAAUGAGGAAAUACAAGAACUUCAAUUAAAAAUUGAAGAUCUAACUGCAGAAAUUGAAGCAAAAAGUCGUGUGAUCAUUGCACUUUUGUGUCCUUCCGUAGAUACAAUUAAAAGAUUAGAAGAUGAAUUACAAAAAGCUCGAGAAUCUUAUAAAAUUUCAGUUGACGAAUUAAAUUCAAUCUCUGAAGAUAGUUCACAAGAAGAUUUAGCAAACAGAUCAAAAUUGUUAGAAGAAGAAAUGAAAAAUCUCGAACUUAAACUGUUGGAAGCAAAAACAAUACAAAAAAAUUCAACGCCAAUGAUACAGAAAACAAUUGAAACUCUUGAAGCAAAUAUAUCUACACUUCAAGAAGAAUUAUCAAAUAAAUCAGAGAUCAUUAAAAAUUUACGAAAUGAAUCUGAAUUGAUCAAUGAAUUGAAAGCAGAAAUUGAAACAUUAAAAUCAGAUAUAAAAGACAAAUAUGAGCUCAUUGAGACGUUGAAAAUAGAUCUGAUAGAAAAGGGCGCCAUUGAACAAAAAAUUCGGGAAAAGGAAGAGGAAGCAAAUUUAUUGAGUAUUCAACUUUCAAAAUUAAAGAAUCGUGAUGAAGAAAUGGAAAAUCAGAUUAAAGAAUUUCAAAUCGAAUUAGAAAAUUUGGAAAAUAUAAAAAAUGAAAAUGAAGUGCUUCAAUCAGAAUUAGAUAUAACUAAACAAGAACUUAAAGAUGUCAAAGAUAAAGAAAUUUUUACACUCGAAAGAUUGAGAACAUUGGAUGAAGAAGAGGUUAAACUGAAACAAGAAAUACAACAAUUACAAAAUCUUGAGAAGGAGCAAACUGAAAGAAUUAAUGAAUUAGAAAUUAAUUUGAAACGUCAAAACGAACUCGGAAAUGAGUUAACUAAUUUGCAAGAUAAAUUAAAUUUAGCCAAAGAAUCAGAAUCUUUACAUCAAAAGAAAAUUUCAGAACUUGAAUCUCAACUUGAAAUUUCUCAAAAUGAAUAUGAAGCCAUAAAAAACGAGGUCAAUGAUUACAAAUUGAAGGUAACAGAACAGCGCGAACAAAUUCAACUUGCAGAAUUACAAAUUAGCCAUAAUUCAGAAAAAGAGGCGGAGAAAUCAAAUCUUGAAGUUGAGAGAUUACGUGAUCAAGAAUCUGCACAUUGUAAAAAAAUCGAAAAACUUGAAAGUGAAUUGUUGGAAAUUAAGCAAAGAGAUAAUUUAAUUAUAAGCUCUCUUAAUGAAGAAUUAUCGGCUCUUAGAAAUAAUAAACUAGAUCUUGUCAAAACGAUUGAAGAUUUAGAAAUCAAACUUUCUAAUGCUAAAAAAGAAACAGAAAACGCUGAAUCAAUCAAAGGUGAACUCAAUAUAUUGAAAAAUUUGGAAUCAGAACAAAAGAAAACCAUCGGUCAAUCAAAAAUGCAACUUGAAAAAACAAUUCAAGAAAAAGAAUUAAUUCUUAAAGAAACAGAAAUUUUGAAAAAAGAUUUCGGUUUACAAAAGGAAAUUGUUAUUACUCUUGAGGAUGAAUUGAAAUCCGUUAGGGAAGAACUGAAUAAGUCAAAGGAAAGUAAUCAUGAAUCAACAAAGAAAAUUAAAGACUUAUCAAAAUUAUUGAAUGAAACUGUGACACAACGUGCGGAGGAAGAACACAAAAUUAAAACUUUGGAAAUUCAAGUUCAAGAAUUAAACGCAAUAAAUGAUGUCAAUGACAAAAAUCUAUACAAAACUAAAAGAGAUUUAUCGGAUGCAAAAGAUCAAAUGGAAAUUCAGAAUGAACUUAUUGCAAAACUUGGCAACCAAAUGAUAAUUCUGGAGAAGGAACGAGAUGAACAAUUAGAACAUGAAAAAGGAUUGGUCAAUACUCUCGAAGCAAAAGAAAUUGAGCAUAAGGAAGCUGUCAAAGCACUUGAAUCAAUUAUCAAUAAUUUAAGGGAUCAACUUGCGGAAGCAAAGAAUUCCUCUCAAAUGGACAUGGAAACCAUUGCCAUUCUUGGGAACAAGCUUGCAACUGUUGGAUCUCAAUUGGAGGAAGCAAAGGCAUUGGAAGAAUCCCGAUCAAAAGUAGUAAUCGGACUUGAAGUUAAAUUGAAAGAAACAAAUGCUGCAAUAAUUGAAAAAGAAGAAAUACUCAUGGUUAAAGAUUCAUUACUUAAAGAGUUAACAGCAAAUGCAGAAAAAGCAAAAAUUCAACUUGACAAUGCGAAGAUUUCUGAAGCAAUUGAAUCUAGUCGUGCGAAACAACUUGAAAUGCAACUUUACGGAAUUCAAUCAAGAUUACAUGAUCUUUCUCCUACAGAAUAUGAAGAAGCCAAACCAACAACAUUUGUAAUGGAAGUUGAAGUCAAAUUAUCAACCUCAGAUAAUAUUGAGGAAUUAAAGGGGGUACUUGCUAAUAUAAAACUUGAACUUGAAAAAGCUAGAGCAGCUGAAGCCGAACAAGCAGAAAUCAUUCGAAAUUUAGAAUUACAACUUCAAGAAGCUGAUAAAUGUCGGGAAGAAGAAAUAGCCAAAGUCAAGUCUGCUGCCACAGAAGUUGAAAGUCUCAGAGAACAAUGUAAGAAUUUACAACUCGAACUUGAAGAUGCUUAUAAAGAUUCUUUGAUAAUAGGUUUCCAAAAAGUUGAUGUUUCAAUAGUUGAAGAACUUUCGAAACAAUUAAAGAAAGCACAUAAGGAAGCUAGGAAUCAAAAAGAACGUGUUGAUGAAUUAGAAAAAAUGACUAAACAACUUGAAUCCGAGAAAGAUGAUAAAGAAAAUCAAAACAAGAAUCUUCAACAACAAGUUAAUAAACUUCAAAAGGAUAUAGAGUCUAUAGCUAAAGAAUUUGAUGAAUCUACGGCUAAAUAUAAUAACAGUGAUAUGUUAUCACAAGAGCAAGAUAAAAAGAUUAAUGAAUUAGAGAAUGCACUUAUCGAAUUUAAGUCUAAUGAUGAUUCUGCUAAUAGUCCUGCCCUUUCAAAUUUGACUGCAGUGAACGAUGUCUUACGUAAAACGAAUGAAAAUCUUAACCUCAAGAUUCUUCAAGCACAAUCUCGAAUGAAAGUUUUGACUCAAAGGAUAGUGAGUUUGGAACUUGAUCUCAAAAAACUUCAAUUCGUUAGCAAGGAUGAUGUUACUGGAAAAUCUGUUAUACAAUUCAAAGAAAGAAUUGCAGACCUUGAAUCUGAAAAAGAAGGAUUGGAACAAGCAAAUGCUUCAUUCCGCGAAGAGCGUACGAAACUUGACCAAAAAAUCGAAUCUUUACUGUUACAAUUAAAAUUAGCUGGUGAUGAUGGAAAUAAAGUAGCUGCACAAUUUUAUGAACUCAAUGGAAAAAUUAUUGGCUUGGAGAAUGAAUUUGCUAAUUUAAAUCAAAAAUCGGAAAAGGAAAAUUUAGAGAUGCAAAAGGAAAUUGUAAGAUUAUUAAAAGUCAAUGAACAACUUGAAAAGGAAAUGAAACAAGCCGGAAUAAAACCUAAAGUUCAAACAAAUACGAAAUUAGAAAAUGUACCGCAACGAGCCCAAAGUUUGGAUAAUUUAAUACAUUCUAAACUUUUACAACAAGAAAGUACUAUAACCCAACAAAAUAAUCUUAUCAAGUCCUUACAAGAAAGAGUUAUAGAACUUGAACUUCGUAAUGAUUCUGAAUCUAUACAUGAAUUGAAUAUUUCUGGUGGUGGAAUGUUUGCCACAGAUCUUGAUGCAGUUGGUGGAUUCCGUGCUUCAACAAUGUCAAAUACAUCAAAUAUGUCAAAUGUUUCUGAAACAACAAAGAAGAAACGACCAUGUGUUCCAGCAGCUGUAGCAAAUAUGCCAUUAAGUCCUCCACCUACACCACCACCAAGUUUACCUUUACCAGCGUUACCAGGAACCGGAAUAAAUUAUGGUUCGCGGUCAUCAACACCUGGAUGUGUCUCACCUCCUCCACGAAAUCACAGUUCUGCAUCAAGACCUGAAUCAAGAUUAGGUCUGGCAGAUCUUGCUAAUUCUUCAGCAGUAGAACUUACAGUAGAAAUUCACAAAUUACAUCGGAAGAUUACUAAAAUGGAAGAUGAAAGCCUUGAAAAUCGACAAAUUGUUGAAAGUUUGGAAAAUUCACUUUCCGAAAAUGAGACAAAUCUACGUGUGGCAAAGCAACAAUUACAAGUUUUACAACGCGAUAAAAUGGAAUUGUUAGAUCAAAUCAAACGUCUUAGGUCUCAACUAGAUGAAACCACCACACAAUUUGAAAACGCCAAAUCUUCAGUACAAGAAGAGAAGAAAGUUAUAGAAACUGUAUUAGAGGAAGAACGAAGAGCUAAAGAGAGUGCAGAAAAAGCCAGAAGACAACUUGAAAACCGUAUGGAAGAACUUAUAGCCAAGAAGAGCAAAUUUAUGUGCUUCUAA